AUGAAGCCCACUGGUUUUAUUGCCACUGAUACGGAGUGGCCACCUACGAUACUUAUCGACAUGAACGACUCUGCCAUCAUAAUCCAGCGGAAAGGAAGCUAUGGCCAUUCAAGGGAUCAGCCCGUGGAUAUCACACCCCACGUUUUCAGUUAUGGUCCGGCGAAGAAGAACUCGCUCGCAAUCACGGUAUUGAAUGCACCGGGGGCGAGAAAUGGUAUCCCCUAUUCAAUUGCAAUUGAAGUAGUGGAAGUCUUCCAACAUCAGCAAAUUGUGGACAUGUGCUUGAAAACGCAGAGGAUAACCGCUAAGGACGUGAUUGAAGAUAUCAGACUCAAAUUAUCUGAACGAAACGUUGACGAGGACGAUGACGUCGCAUUAGUCUCGGCAAAGCUGACAAUUGCCCUCAGAGACCCCUUAACAGCAAGCAUCUUCACCACCCUAGUCAGAGACGUCCAAUGUCGCCAUCGCGAAUGCUUCGAUCUCGAAACAUUCCUCAUGUCGCGGAGCAACAAGCAAGAAUUCACCUGCAUGCCUGACGCAUGGCCGCUAUGCAGUGGCGAUACGAGACCGCGCCUUCUGCGCGUCGACGAAUUUCUGGUGUCGGUUAGGGAGAAGCUGGAGGAGGAUGGGGACCUAGAAGUUAAGGCUAUCCUGGUCGCAGAGGAUGGGUCGUGGACGGCAAAACCAGAGGCGCUCCCUGCUGAGAGAAGUAAGUCGUGGGGGAGUUCUGGGAGUGUGAGUCGUAGGGGCUGUGAUUAUAGCUCGCCGGCGGUGUCGUCGAGGCAAGCCCCAGGCCUGCGGUCAAGUCCGACUUUAACGUCCGUGAUGGCAGUGUCGGCAGCAUGUGUUCUCAGAAUGGCUUUGAGAUGA